GAAAUGGUCCAGGUUGAAUCACCUUUCUGGGCCAGCCGAAGCACCUCUCUAAACCAGGGAUCGAAGAUAUACGGUCCAAAUACAGUAGUGGGCGCAUCAUACUCCCAUGCAAAUCUUGUACAAGCUACAUCAUCCCACUCAGUCCCUCAAACCCCGCCAAAGUCAUCGGCCGUGAAUGCGGCAUCGCAGUUGAACCGAAGGCCAGGAAACGUCAUCGCAUCACCUCCCCGUCAACCUUAUCCUGGGAUUAUGACCCAAGGGGUUGAUGAGUGGAGUCGCGACCCGACUGAAGAAGACGAUGAAGAUGAAGAUGACGAGAUUGUAUACGAUGACGAUGAAGAUGAAUUUGGCCUGCCUAGUCUUGCCAGUAUGAGAAGAAAACGAUCUAUGCCGUUUAAACCAAAGAAUCUGGAUACUGGUGUCGGGGCUGGUGGCAAUCUCUCAACACUUGGAUAUGGACUGGCCUCGAACAACAGAAGUCGCGCGGACAGUGCAGACAUCGCGGAAGAGCGUGGUGCGCCAAUGUAUCCAACUGCGCGAAAGGGAGAGGGGAAGAUUCUCCGGCCUCAAUAUAAGGACAUUCUGCAAGAUCCUGCCAAUGCUCUGAACCUCAUUAACCAUUCCCCACCCCCUACCAAUGCAUCGCCGAAAGAAAGAGAUAUUCACUCUAGUCGCAUUACGCGAAUCAACAAGUUCAAGCGCAUUCUACAGGCAAGCACCGUAUCUCCAACCGAGCUGCGAAACCUUGCUUGGUCAGGUGUGCCGGAAGAAGUCCGGCCAAUGACCUGGCAACUUUUGCUAGGAUAUUUACCUACAAAUAGCGAGCGUCGUAUCUCUACGCUAGAGCGGAAACGCAAAGAGUACCUUGACGGUGUUCGACAGGCCUUUGAGCGAGGCAGUGGAGUAAGCUCCACAAAACCACCUGAUUCAACCAAGGGUCGUGGCAGAGGACUGGAUGAGGCAGUUUGGCAUCAGAUCAGUAUCGAUGUUCCUCGUACCAGUCCUCACAUUCCAUUAUAUGGAUAUGAAGCCACCCAGCGUUCCUUGGAACGUAUCCUUUACGUCUGGGCUAUUCGUCACCCAGCAAGUGGCUACGUUCAGGGUAUAAAUGACUUGGUUACACCUUUUUGGCAGGUGUUUUUAGGUGUUUACAUCACCGAUUUGAACAUUGAACAAGGCAUGGACCCUGGCCAGCUACCCCGAAGCGUGUUGGAUGCAGUGGAAGCCGACACUUUCUGGUGCCUUACAAAGCUUCUGGAUGGUAUCCAAGAUAACUACAUAUAUGCUCAGCCUGGGAUCCAUCGACAAGUCAGGGCUCUACGGGACUUGACAAUGCGCAUCGAUUCAUCGCUCGCCAAGCAUUUGGAGCAAGAAGGCGUGGAAUUUAUGCAAUUUAGUUUCCGAUGGAUGAACUGCUUGCUCAUGCGGGAAAUGAGCAUCAAAAACACGAUACGCAUGUGGGACACAUAUAUGGCUGAGGAGCAGGGCUUCUCUCGAUUCCACCUUUAUGUUUGCGCCGCAUUCUUGGUCAAGUGGACGGAUCAAUUGGUUAAGAUGGAUUUCCAGGAGGUCAUGAUGUUCCUCCAGGCAUUGCCUACCAAGGAUUGGACCGAGAAAGACAUCGAGCUUUUGCUCAGCGAGGCAUUCAUUUGGCAGAGUCUGUUCCAGGACUCACGUGCUCAUCUUCGGCCUGCUGGGGAUGAACCUCCUGAAAAUGGUAUCUUUUAUUGA